AUGACCACAAUUCCCCACCCCCUGCAUUGCUUGGAGGAGAGGGAUGAGGUAGAAGAGUCAGGAGUGAAGCUGAGCCUGGAACCUAUCAUGCCAGUGCAGCCAUCAUACAAGCUCUUUUCAGAGUGCAUUGCUUGUAAUCAGAAAUUGGAAAAAUACAGAACAAAAUGGGUGUGUGAGCCAUCUGUAUCGCUGGAAGUGCGAUUAAGGCAAAAGUGCAAGAAGUUUUUCAAAGAAGGCAAAGCUUCAGUGAUGAAUGAAGAAUCUAAGCUGUUGGAAGCCUUCACGGAUUGUAAAUUUAAAACAACUGUGAUCAGCGUUAGAAAUACCGUCCUGCAGCAGAAGGAGACCAUCGGGAGCCAGCGGGAGGCCAUCCGGGAGCUCACUGGCAAGCUGAGCCGCUGCGAGGGCGCCGACGGCAAGUCCGCCGCGGGGACCUGGAAGAAGGAGCUGGGCAAGGGCAAGGACACCAUGGGCGACCUGCCGCGGGACCCGGCGCAGGUCAUCGACCAGCUGAGCCGCACCAUGCAGACCCUGAAGGACCGGCUGGAGAGCCUGGAGCAUCAACUCCGAGCCAAUGUGUCGUAUGCAGUACUGCCUAAUGACCUUCGAGAGAUGCUUCAGCGGAGGCUUGGAGACCUGGAACGCCAACUCCUGAGCAAAGUGGCUGAGCUCGAGGAUGAAAAGUCUUUGCUUCAUAAUGAGACGUCAGCCCAUCGGCAGAAGCUAAAUGCUUCCCUACAGAGGCAAGUGGAAAUAGGAAGAAGUAACAGUGCAUUUAAGUCACCUGAUGAAUUCAAAGUCUCCCUUCCUCUUCGCACAAACUACUUAUAUGGGAAGAUCAAGAAGACUCUGCCAGAGCUGUAUGCUUUUACUGUAUGCUUGUGGUUGAGAUCAAGUGCUUCUCCUGGAAUUGGCACUCCAUUCUCAUAUGCUGUUCCUGGCCAGGCUAACGAAAUUGUCCUCAUAGAAUGGGGGAAUAAUCCAAUUGAACUGCUAAUUAAUGAUAAGGUUGCCCAGCUCCCUCUCUUCAUUAGUGAUGGAAAAUGGCAUCAUAUCUGUAUAACGUGGACAACCAGAGAUGGAAUGUGGGAGGCCUUUCAGGAUGGAGAGAAGCUUGGCACUGGGGAGAAUCUUGCUCCUUGGCACCCAAUUAAACCUGGAGGUGUCUUGAUCCUGGGUCAGGAACAGGACACAGUAGGAGGAAGAUUUGAUGCAACUCAAGCCUUCGUUGGGGAGAUGAGCCAGUUCAAUAUAUGGGACAGGGUAUUAAAAGCUGAAGACAUCAUGAAUAUUGCUAACUGCUCUACCAACAUGCCUGGCAACGUCAUACCCUGGGUUGACAACAACGUUGACGUAUUUGGAGGUGCUACUAAAUGGCCUGUGGAGACAUGUGAAGAGCGUGGAGACAUGUUAAGAGCGUCUGCUAGACUUAUAGCUGCAACUGUUUCCCAUUCAAGUGCCCCCUUUAGUAGGACAAUCUUCUUUGCAAUCUAA